CGGGAGCGCGCGUCGGCGUCAGCGGGAACGAGCGGCGGCAACAGGAGAGCGAGAGACGGCGUCCAACCUUCCCGCAGCCGUAAAACCGGAGCCCGAGAGCGAGGAGGAAAUGACCUAGAGGCCUUAGAAAUACGUUAGUGCUGUCCUGCUUCAUACUGCAACUGAGUGCAUAAUCAAUCUGGAAGCAGCACUUGUUUCCGCUUCGAUCCCAAACUACCUCACCAAGGAUUUAAAAACGCAACACGUAUGAAGGGAGGAGGAGGCAGCUUGUGAAAUCUACGGGAGUUGGAGCAUAGGCACUUGUCAGUUUUUUGUUUGUGUUAAAGUUGAAACACUACAUCCAAAUGAACUACGUUUGACCGACUGGAUCUGUCAAAAAUUCUUUGAAGAACUUGAUCACGGGACAGAAGUAAUAUGGACCGCUUUGAAUAAUAGUCCAAGCACUGAGUAGUUAAUAUUUUAAGUUUAACUUUCGCUGUUGAUCAGUGUCUUAGUCCAUUUUAGUCUGCGAAUCUGAAUUUUUUUUAAGAGUUUACUUUGCAAGUGCUUUUGUGUUGGAAGUAGCAAGAGUGUUCCAUCAACGUCGUAUGAUUCAGAACAGAAAGACAGUAUUUUAGUACUAGUUGUGUUGGUGAGCUGAUUCCCAUUCUUAUUGGGUUUGAUUUCUUUCACUGCCAGCCCCGCUUUCUUUAGGGUGUAAAAUGGCAUUGACUCUUCCUGUUAACCACUGUGGCUGGUUUUAUUCUAAUAAUUGGAAUAGUGAGAGGCUGUGCUAGACCCUUCGUGCAUUGCUGUGCAGCUUUUUAAAGAGCAAGAGCCGCCGAUGAAUGUGCAAUUCGGGGACAGAGCAACGGUAAUCAAUUCUGAAAAACUCCUCAUCUUUUUUUUAAUUAUUAUCUCUCCAUACUUGACUGGUCGCAGCAGGGCUGCACCUACAGAAGAUUAAUAGAUUUGACUCUGUCAGCAAUCAUCUCCUGUGCUGAUGGACUGUGCAUGUAUGAAAAUGCUUGCCUUCAGAUUUACUCUAGAGCUAUAACUAUGUAUGUGAUACUCUUGACUCUUUUUGCAGAACUUUCCAUGUUCAAUGUUGUUUGGGAAAUUUAAUCAGAAGAAAAAAUCGCUACCUAAAUAAGACUUUUUACUCAAAAAAGGGCAAACAACAAAUCCACAGAAAAAGCACCAUUACUUAUGUAUUGUUGCAGUGCUCGGGAAAACAAAAUGGACUAUAAGCGACGGUUUCUGCUUGGCGGGUCCAAGCAGAAAGUGCAGCAACACCAGCAGUAUCCCAUGCCUGAGCUAGGCAGGACCCUGAGCGCACCUAUGGCAUCCACCGCUGCUGUCACACCUCCAUUGACACCCACCACCCAGAUAGCUGAUAUCCAGCAGGGAAUCUCCAAAUACUUGGAUGCACUGAAUGUGUUCUGCCGAGCCAGUACGCUCCUCACAGACCUCUUCAGCAGCGUUUUUCGAAAUUCGCAUUAUUCUAAAGCAGCUAUGCAACUGAAAGACGUGCAGGUACAUGUCAUGGAGGCAGCAAGCAGACUCACAGCAGCAAUAAAACCAGAAAUUGCGAAAAUGCUCAUGGAACUGAGUGCAGGGACAGCAAACUUCAAAGAUCAGAACGACUUCAGUCUUCAAGACAUUGAGGUGCUAGGCCGAUGUUUCUUGACCGUCCUGCAGGUCCACUUCCAGUUCCUGUCCCAGGCAUUGCAUCGCGUUCAACCCAUAAUCCACUCUUGCUUGGCAGAGGCUCAAGCCCAGGAGAGGAAGAACGCAAUGGGGAGUGAGACCAUGAAGGUUGGUCGUGUGACGGAAUUGGAAGAAGCUGUGAAGUCCUGGGGAGGAGCAUCAGAGGCGACUUCUCGGCUUCGUGAGAAAGGAGGUGAUGGAUGCCUGGCUGGUAUUGAAGUACAGCAGCUGUUCUGUUCUCAAACCACCACGAUUCCUGAGCAUCAGCUGAAAGAUUUAAAUAUGAAGAUUGACAGUGCUUUGCAAGCUUACAAAGUUGCUUUGGAAAGCUUGGGUCAUUGUGAGUAUGCGAUGAAGGCUGGCUUCCACCUGAACCCUAAAGCGAUUGAAUCAUCUUUACAGGGCUGCUGCAGUGAGGCUGAGGUGAAGCAAGCAGGAAGGAAACAGUAUCCUGCUCAACCACUUCAGUGUGAGCUUCCCACUGUACCUGUACAAAUUGGACCCCAUUUUCUGAAGGGCAUCUCCUUCAGCGAGUCUGGAGCAGAGAAUCUGAAGCUUAAAAUGCAAGCAAUGGUGCAACUUAUCAAGGAGGCAGCUGGGCAGAACGAAGUCUCACCACGAGAUGAGUCUCCGACAGAGAUCCUCAAUCAGGUCUGCCCCUCCACGUGGCGUGGUGCCUGCAAAACUGCUGUGCAGUUGCUGUUUGGACAGGCAGGAUUGGUAGUGGUGGAUACAGCGCAAAUCGAGAAUAAAGAAGCUUAUGCCCCACAGAUCAGCCUGGAGGGCUCCAGGAUUUUGGUUCAGGUCCCUUCAACAUGGUGUUUGAAGGAGGAUCCUGCCACCAUGUCUCUCUUACAGAGAUGCCUGGACCCUGAGAAAACGCUUGGGCUGGUCGAUGUAUUGUACACAGCGGUUUUUGACCUGUGCAGGUGGAAAGAGAAAAGGGAGCAAGUUUUGCCAAGUAUCCAGAUUCAGCUACGACGGGAAUGCACUGACUUUGGGACUCAUGUGGAUCUUCCUACAGCAAAUGGGGCUAUUGUUAAGUCCUCUGGUGGACUACAGAAAACUUUUGCGAAACUGACCUCUCGUUUCACGAAGCGAAAUUCCUGUAGCAGCAGCACAAGUAACAGUAGCAGUAGUGGUGGGAGCUUUUCAAUCCCAAAUACACCUUCUAAGAGUAACUUCUCCAUUAAUAGCUCUGAGGAGGAGCGGAAAGCCAAGCUGCCCAACCACUCAGAUUUGAGGAUGCAGAGCAUUUUGAACGUUGGAAGUUUCCCAAAGACGGUUGAUUCGCAGGAAGCUUCCCAAAGCACGUCCAACCCAAUGGUCAAUGGUUUCUCUGUGGACAAGAGGGAAAUAUUUUUCAAAGGGGAUGAUGGGAAGGAUGAUCAAGGCAUAAAGUUGCCAAGCGACCAGGAAAUGCAGGAUGUUAUUGACUUCCUCUCUGGGUUCAACAUGGGCAAAUCCCAAAAAGCAUCACCACUCAUUAACAGAAGGGAUUCGGUCACAGUACCAGAGCGGAAAGCAGCUACCCUGCAGCAAUCACAGACUGUACCACACACUCCAUUGCCGAAUUCUCAUCAGGUCGCACAGCGCCAACAUCAGCACCAGCAACAGCAGCAGCAAUUGCAAUAUUACCAGCAUCUCCUCCAGCCCAUUGGGCAGCAUCCACCGUCGGCACGACCACAGACUCCUCGAGCCCCUGGGAAAUGGCCUAAUAGUACGUCUCAGCAGACAUCACAGAGCCCAGGUUCUGGACUGUCUCCAAUUGGGUCUAUGAGCCAGUGGAGCAAUAUUGCUGUGCAUUCUGACUUGAGUUCAGACUUGUACAGCCUGGGUCUUGUUGGCAAUUACAUGGAUAACAUCAUGGACAAUGUCAUGUCUGACAUGUUGGGGCCAAAAGUGGCAAACACCAGGAAUAACACUUGGCCCAACCGGGUGCAGAGUGACGGGGUGUUUGGGAUGCUGGGAGACAUUCUGCCUUUUGAUCCUGCAGUUGGUUCAGACCCAGAGUUUGCCCGCUACGUAGCUGGUGUUAGUCAGGCGAUGCAGCAGAAACGACAAGUGCAGCAUGUCCGACGGCACAGCACUGCAAGGACUAACUGGCCUAUCACUGACGAGCCUCACCGAACGUGGCAGCCGUCGGAGUGCUUCACUGAGGGAGAUAUGAUGAGUUGGUCAGGGACCCAAGGAGAUUCUGCCAGCUCCAGUGAUGAGGCUUCUUCUGCAAAUGGAGACAGUUUGUUCUCCAUGUUCUCAGGGCCUGACCUUGUUGCUGCUGUCAAACCGAGAAGAAAGCACAGCAGUGGUGACCAAGAGACUUCUACUCUGCCAUCUCCUCCUGUCUUACCCACACCAGAUGAUUUUGGCCAGUUUCUUACACAGGACAACAAAACCAAGACCUGGCCUCCGAAGGCUCCCUGGCAACACUCGACAUCCCUCACCAACACAAUGCCCAAUCCUGGUACUUCCCUGUAUCAGAUUGUGAACCCAGUCAGCCAGUGGAAUGACUCCAUGCAAAUUCUUCAGUCACCUGUGUGGUCAACAGCCAGCGGUAACUCUGCUUCCACAGCAAUUUCUUCCAGUUUCUCCUUCACACAGCAACAGCAACAACAGUCUCAGCAGCAGCAAGUUUCCCAGCACAAAACAAUGAACAAGGGCUUCAAAUCCUAUCCCGUCAAGCAGGAACGGAGACAGUCUUAUCUCCACCAAUACUGAGUGUUUGGAAAUGGCUUUAACAAGGGUUCUGUAUUCUAGUGAAUAGUCACGUGGCUUUUAAGUGCUGUGAGUGAGGUAGCCCUGCCACAUAACUGUCUUGAUUGAUCCUUGUUGAUUUGAUCUGCACUUUCUAACUACUGGCUGGAGGUACCCAGAUGAAGGCAGAUUGUUGUCUCUGCCUCUGUUCAGAUCACCCUGUAGUGUGUUGCCAAUGUCCCUCCACAAUGGUAUGGAGUCAGGACUCGGUGUGUGUGACUUUUUCUGCUCCCUUGCUGCCUCCACUCAGUGUUUCGAGAUGCAUGGUAGUGCCUUUUGUACUUCAAGCCAGAUCACUGACCAUUGGGUUGUUGUUUACGCCUGAGCCCAGCUUCCGAGCUUGACCAUUGGGGAACCUGGUGUAUUCGCUUGGGGGGGGCGGGUGGAAUUCACUGAGCUGUCAGUAACACAUUAGCUACCUGACAGCAAAAGGUAGUGGGAGAGCGUUUAAACACAUGAAGUUGCCAAUGUUGCACAUUUACUAAACAUGACCAGAUCGAGAUUAAAAAGAAACAUGUAGUUCAUGCCUGAAAACCUGGUGUUUCUGGCAUCAUCUGAUUCCAGGUAUUGUGGCAGUCUAGACUUCAGACUCUGUAAAACCAAGAGACAUGACAGUAAGUUGAAGGAAAAUAAAAAGCAUACAGUCUUUGUGACAUGUUCCUUGGGGUUCUUCUAAUUCAGUAAAAAUAGCCAAAUGUCCAAUUUACAACAAAGACAUUUGGGAUAGUGCUACAAUCCCUCCCUGCAGCAUUUGGACUGCUCAUUAGGAUACAUUGCCUUUUAAAGAAUAGUGUAAUCUUUGUAAUGUUGUGGUGUAGUUGCUGGUUUAAUGUACUGAAGUUUUGAGUUUUCCACUUUCUCAAUUAUGAGCUCUGCAGCCUGUCUUUUUUAGAAGCUGACUGAAUGACACAACGCGAGACAUUUAAUGUCCCUGUGCACUGACCUUGUAUUAUCUGUGGGGUGUGGGGGAACUGAGUUACUGGUAAUACCUUGCACCUGUUUGUAAAACUCAUACCACAAACAGUGAAGUGAGAACUGUAUCAACUAUGCUUGAAUACAGUUAUGUCAAUGACAUGGUGGGGGGAGAAAAUAUAAAGUUAAACUAAAAAUCAUUAUUUAAAUAUAAGAGCUGCUCAAACUGUUUUAUAGUUUGUACUGAGGAAAAAAAACAUUUUAAAAACAUCAUCUAUAUAAUUUUUUGUACUUUUUUUAUUUUUUAUAAAUGAAUUAGUGAGGUUCUCUCAGGAGGGAGUCUUGUAUUCAUCGCAGACAUGACAGCUAGAUGGCACCCCACACCCUGAAGGUGUAAGCUUCAGUUACAGUGACCAUCUUUGUCUGAUAUCUCCACACUUGCUCAGAUGGUGAACAGCUUGCAGGGGCGUUGAAUUGGUCAGUUGUUUUAAUCUGGGUGUCAGGAGCAGGGUAAAUAAAACACCUGGCACAAAGUUGCCGAAUUGGGUAAACCUCUUUUUAUAAAGUACCAUCCACCACUCAGAAUAAACUGUCCCUCUCUCUCUCAUGCAUUCUCAAUCUUUCAUGUGAGCUGUCCAAUGUUUAUCUUGCGUCUCGCUGUUUAUUACUGUUGCAGUCUGUCUCUUUCUGUGUGUUCUGUACAAAAGGUCAGGGGAGGAAGCUAUGUUCUUUUACAAUGGUCUAGGACCUAACCAGUUCUAUCUUCAGAGUUCUGCAUAUCUGACCAGUGUGGAACUGUUAAACUUCGUGAUUGAAAUAUUCUGCUGUCUGAUCUCAACUAGUCUUGUCCCCAGUCUUUUACAGUUUCACUUUGAUUGUCAGUGAGAUGCUAAGUUAUAGUGAUUGAGUGCCCUGUCUCCCCUCAGACCAUGCUGUCCCUCUUCACAUGUGGAAUGUCCUCAGCCCUGCAAUGGACAAUCUUCUGUGCCUGACCUGUCCCCCGCUCCCACACUCACAGGGUGUAUAGGAGGUUGUUGGUUGGAGAGGAAGGAUUGGUUUGAGUUGUUGGAAGGAUACCUUCUGCAGAAAUAAAAUACAGAAACAAAAAUUGAAAAUAUUGAAACAUAACGAAGAUGGUAAGCAUCUGUGAGGAAGAGGGCAUUGUUACUUUGGGUUUACAUCUUUUGAUAGAGAAUUUUAAGUCAGAUUUAGAGCUGCUUUAAGCAUAUAAUGCAGUUGUUACCUGAAAGAGGUUAUGUGGAAAUGACCAUUAGUGUAAAAUCCAUGUGAGAUAUCUUUCUUGCACUUUCUACUACCUUUUUUCUGUCAUGUAUUUGUACUUCAGCACCUAUAAAGGGACAUAUAAAAAUAAACAUGUUACACUCUAACUCCACUUUCUAUGGAAACACCACCAAUGGUGACAGAUUGUAAUUCAGUUAACUGAUCAGUUAGCUUCCAGUUAUAAAUGUUGGCCAAGGAGUUAAUAAUAAAAAUAGACAAAUAUAAGGACAAUGUGACUGUGAAAUAGGAUCUGUCUUGUAUCUGUACACAUUGGGCACUCCCUGACCCCAAUCUAAUUAUCCCAUCUCUCUCGUCCUGCUUCACUUGAAGACAGCAGGUUGUGAUCUUGAUGCUUUGGGUGCAGUGCAACAGAGAGUCAGCCCUUUUUAAACUUUAAAAGAUUUUUUCUUUUUUUUUUAAAUAAAAAUUGCAUCUGUCAGACAAUGGACAAAUGAGACUUUUUGUACUGAUGGUGUAGAAUUUAAAACAAUGUUUUGAGGUGUUUCUGCAGAUUCCUGUUUGUUAAAGUGAAUUCAGACAUUGCUAGUAUCUUGCUUUUGACAUGUUGUAACUGCAUUCACUGCCUACUGUUAAUCCUACUGGUGCCUCUCUCCUACAUUGCGACCUGAAUUUAUAAUUCCUUUGACAGGGAUCAUGGGAAGCUGAGGCAAGGGCACUUGGUUCAAUUUAGUUUUGUAAAGGAGCAUCGUGGCUUCAGGUGAGAGAGUGGGCAGUGGGAUCGGUUAUAUUUGAUUUGAAUAAUUUCACAAGGGAUCUUGCAGAUGUUUUGUCAGUUCAUCAGCUGUCGGUUAAUUGUGAUGAAAGUGUACAAUCAUGACUUUUGUUUCCACCUGGUAAUGUAGUGUUUUAUUCAAAAAGAAAAGAUUGCAUUUAUAUAGCGCACUGAAGGUACUGCCCUCAUGCUGUGCUUGUGAUGAGCUGGCUGAUACCUGUGGUUGUAUCUGCCCCUGAACUGUGACCACGUUUGUGUGGUCUGUCUUUAUCCUUCAAGGUCGUGUUCACUGAUGGCUGACCUCCCAGCCACCACCCAGACAGCCUUGUUUGCUUUAAAUUUUUUUAUUAAAUUUCAUAAGACCGUAAGAAAUAGGAACAGGAGUAGGCCAUUCAGCCCUUCAAGUCAGCUCUAUCAUUCAAUAGGAUCAUGGCACACAUCCACAUCCGACAUUCCUUGCAUCCACUUUCCUGCCCUUUCCUUGAAUGAUCAGGAAUCUGUCUAUCUCAGCUUUAAAUAUGCAGAAAGACUCACAUACACAUAAAUAUUGCAGAAACAAGUCUCACAUUGGGGCGACCAGCGUUUUAGCUUCCAGUUCAUUGUCCUUUCCCCGUACCAAGUUCCUCCUUAGCCCAUCACCCAGCCAAUAACUGACCUUCCAAUUUAAUAUCACAGUCAUCGUAUAAGUGGGAAAGUGAUUGGCUGUUUCCUUACUGCCCUCGCUUACUCUCUCGUUCUCUUUAUCAUCCCUCUCUGACAUGCACUAUUCCCCACAGGGGGAGUGUUGCCACAUCUGGUCCUGGAAUCCUCAAGCAGUUCAUCAACUUGGCCAACAUCUUCCACCCCACCGUCAACUUCACCUGGACAAUUUCUGACAGCCCUCUCCCCUUCUUGGACCCCUAUGUCUCCGUCUCCAGAAACCGACUCACCACUGACAUCCAUUUCAAACCCACAGACUUCCACAACUAUCUCGAACACAUCUCCUCUCACCCACCCUCCUGCAGAAAUGCUAUCCUAUACUCCCAAUUCCUCCGCAUCUGCUCCCAGCAUGAGGCAUUCUGCUCUCGGACUUCCCAGAUAUCCUCCUACUUUAGGGACCGUAAUUUCCCUUCCUCUGUAUUAAGGAUGCCCUCAACCAUAUCUCCUCCAUUUCCCAUAUUUCUGCCCUCAAACCCUCUCCCCCCAAGAACAAUAAGGAUAGAGUCCCCUUAAUCCUCAGUUACCACCCCACUAACCUCCGAAUCCAACACAUCAUCCUCUGACAUUUCCGCCACGUACAAUUACACCCCACCAACAAAAACAUGUUUUCAACCCCUCCCCUGUCUGUUUUCCGCAGGGAUCGUUUAUUCCAUGAUUCCCUUAGCUCUACACUUACCACCAAUUUCUCCUCCACAACCGGUACCUUUCCUUGCCCCCACACCUCCCUUCUGACCUCUGUCCAAGAACCCAAACAAUCCUUCCAGAUCCGGCAGAGAUUCACCUGCACUUCAUCCAACCUGAUCCAUUGUAUCUGUUGCUCCCGAUGUGGUCUCCUCUGUAUCGGGCAGAAGUGGGGACAGGUUCGCGGAGCGUCUGCACUUUGCAUGCAUCAACUAACCCGACCAUCCGGUGCCAUCCACUUAAAUUUCCUGUCCCACUCCCCUGGUGACAUGUCCGUCCUUGGCAUCCUGCACUGUCAGAAUGAGGCCAAACAUAAACUGAAGGAACAUAGAAAAUAGGAGCAGGAGGAGGCCCUUCGAGCCUGCUCUGCCAUUCUUCAUGAUCAUGGCUGAUCUUCCAACUCGACAGCCUCAUCCUGCUUUCUCCCCAUAACCUUUGAUCCCAUUCACCCCAAGUGCUAUAUCUAGCCGCCUCUUGAACACAUUCAAUGUUUUGGUAUCAACUACUUCCUGUGGUAAUGAAUUCACAGGCUCACCACUCUUUGGGUGAAGAAAUGUCUCCUCUUCUCUGUCCCAAAUCGCCUACCCCGAAUCCUCACACUGUGACCCCUGGUACUGGACACACCCACCAUCGGGAACAUCCUCCCUGCAUCUACCCUGUCUAGUCUUGGUAGAAUUUUAUACGUCUCAAUGAGACCCCCCGAUUCGUUUUAACUCCAACAAAAACAAUCAUAACCUAGUCAAUCCCUCCUCAUAUGUCAGUCCUGCCAUCCCCAGAAUCAGCCUGGUAAACCUUCGCUGCACUCCCUCAAGAGCACAAGCAUCCUUCCUCAGAAAAGGAAACCAAAACUGCACACAAUAUUCUAGGUGUGGCCUCACCCAGGCCCUGUAUAACUGCAACAACACAGCCCUGCUCCUGUACUCAAAACCUCUCGCGAUGAAGGCCAACAUACUAUUCACCUUCUUUACCGCCUGCUGCACCUGCAUACUUACCUUCAGCGAUUGGUGCACAAGGACACCCGGGUCCCACCGCACACUCCCCGCUCCCAAUUUACAGCCGUUCAGGUAGUAACCUGCCUUUUUGUUUUUGCUUCCAAAGUUUAUCACAUUUAUCCAAAUUAUACUGCACCUGCCAUUGAUUUGCCCACUCACCCAACCUGUCGAGAUCAUGCUGAAGGACCUCUACAUUCUCCUCACAGUUCACUCUUGGAGAUGUUACAUUUUGUUCCCUCAUCCAAAUCAUUAAUAUAUAUUGUGAAUAGCUGGGGUCCCAGCACCGAUCCCUGUGGCACCCCACUAGUUACUGCCUGCCAAUUUGAAAAGGACCCAUUAAUUCCUACUCUUUGUUUCCUCUCUGCCAACCAGUUUUCUGUCCAUCUCAGUACACUUCCCCCAGUCGAAUGUGCUUUAAUCUCGCACAAUAUUCUAUGUGGGACUUUUUCAAAAGCUUUCUGAAAGUCCAAAUAUACCACAUUGACUGGCUCCCCCUUGUCAACUCUACUAGUUACAUCUUCAUAGAAUUCCAACAGAUUUGUCGAGCAUGAUUUCCCCUUCACAAAUCCAUACUGACUCUGUCUGAUCCUGCUGCUGCUUUCUAAAUGCUCCACUUAUAAAGUCCUUGAUAAUGAAUAGAGAAUUUUUUCCACCACCAAAUGUUAGGCUUAUUGGUCUAUAAUUCCCUCUUUUCUCUCUACCUCUCUUUUUGAAUACUGGGGUGACAUUAGCCUCCCUCUAAUCUGCAGGGACUGUUCCAUAGUCUAUAGAAUCCUGGAAGAUGACCACCUGUGCGUCCACUAUUUCUAGAGCUAUUUCCUUACAUACUUUGGGAUGUAGAUUAUCAGGCCCUGGGGAUUUAUUCGCAGGGCCUGAUAAUCCCAUCAAUUUCCCCAGUACCAUUUCUGUACUAAUAGUGAUCUCCCUCAAUUCUUCCCUCUCACUAAAUCUUGUAUUCUCCAACAUUUCUGCCUACUGAUUGGUUCUGUCUUCACAAAAGAUGUCACAAAAGGAUGUAUUCAGUUCCUUAGCCAUUUCUUUGUCCCCUAUUAUACAUUCUGCGAUUUCUGUCUGUAGAGGACCUACAUUUGUCUUCACCAAUCUCUUUCUCUUCUUGUACUUUCAAAACUCUUAGUGUCAGUCUUUAUGUUCCCUGCAAGCUUACUUUUGUACUGUAUUUUCUCCUUCUAAAUCAAUCCCUUGGUCCCUCUUUGCUGAAUUCUAAACUGCUCCCAAUCCUCACAUUUAUUACUUUUCUUGGCCAGUCUGUAUGCUUCUUCCUUGGAUCAGAUACUACCUCUAAUUUCCUUUGUAAGCCAUGGAUUGGCCCUCUUGCCCAUUUUGCUUUUGUGCCAGACAGGAAUAAACAGUUGUUGCAGUUCCCCCAUGCGUUCCUUGAACGUUUGCCAUUGCCUAUCCAUUGUCAUCCCUUUAAGUAACUCUCCCCAAUCUAUCAAGGCCAACUCAUGCCUCAUAUCUUCAUAGUUUCCUUUGUUAAGAUUCAGCACCCUAGUCUCUGAAUCAACUACCUCACUCUCCAUCUUGAUUAAAAAUUCUAUCAUGUUAUGGUUGCGCUUCCCCAAGGGAUCUUGCACAGCUAGAUUGGCAAUGAUUCCCUUCUCAUUAUACAGUGCCUGGUCUAAAAUGGUUUCUCCACAUAUUGGUCAAGAAAACCAUCCCAUAUACACUCCAGGAAUUCCUCCUCUACGGCAUUGUGGCUAAUUUGAUUUCCCUAAUCUAUGUGCAGAUUAAGAUCACUCAUGAUCUCGGAACAACACCUGAUAUUUCACCUGGAGCCCAAUGGCCUCAAGAUUGACCUCAUGUAGCUUCAAAAUCCCUCAGUUCCCAGCCUUAUCCCAUGUCUGGCCCUCCCCUCCUGACCUGACCUAACCUGUCCAUGUUCCUACUCACCUAUUCACUCCACCCUUCCCACGGACCAAUCACAAUAACCCCCCUAUCUGCAUCCAUCUAUCACCAUCUCUCCUACCCUUCCCCAGCCCUACCCACCACCUCCUAUUUAUUUCUGGCCUCCCCUCCCCCUCCCCAGCCCUGACGAAGGGUUUCGGCCUGAAAAGUUGAAUUUGCUGCUCCUCAGAUACUGUCCAACCUGCUGUGCUUUUCCAGGUACACACCUGUAGACUCUGGUUUCCAGCAUCUGCAGUCCUUAUUGUCUCCUGGAAUUUUACCCAAUUACACUACCAAGUCAAACAACCUUGUUUCCCACUUUUCCUAAUGUGUUUAUAACUAAUGAACUGGAGUGUUGGAAGUAAAGGUGUAAAACAUCCAUUUAUUUUAACACCUCUGAUUUUGGUUUGUUCCUGAGUUUUGAAAAACUGCAGUGUCCAGAUUAACUUCUGUAGAAUCGGAGACAAUCGUGCAGGGUUUUGGCGACGCUAAAUGCAGAGCUCUAAAAUGUUACAUUUCCACCUUUAUGAUCCCUUGAGGCAAUUAUCUGCCAAUGAUAGAAGUGCAUUGUAUGGAAUGUACCCCUAUGGAAUGUACCCCUUCCUCAGCCCAGUGUCGUUCACCAGUGACUGAUAUGUGGGGGAACAGGGAGAGGACAUUUGAAAUUGUAACUCAAUCUGCAAUGAAGGUAGUAGGGAAAGAUUCAGUGUGGUCCUGUCGAGAUCAUUUUAGUAAUUCUUUUACACAAUUUUAAAGUCGUUCCUGAUUGGCUUGCAUUGUGCUAAAUUAUUUGAUUCUUCCAAUUGGAAAGACUAAUAGAUGUCCAUUCACUUAAAAAAUCUUAAUAUUUGUGUAAAUGCAUCAACAGUAUUAAUCUUAUUUUUGUAUUUUCUAAAACAUAUUACUAUCACUGUAUAUUUUAAAACAUUUAAGUAAAGAUGGGUUUUAAAAGUGUAUUUGACUAAUUUGGUAAACUGUUCUCAUUCAGAUGAUGAACUGUAGAGUGGUGAGUCCAGUCUUUCUAUCGAAUGAUUCUCCAUUUCAUGGUACCAAAAGCUGUGCAGAACAUUGACAGAAUGAUUGGUGUCACUUGCUGUUUGAAUCCAGUCAGCUGGAGGGGCUGCUGUUCUUUCGUGUGGUCAAAGGGCUCACUUUUCAAACCCGGGAUGUCAAGUUGGGAGUUCACUCAACUUUUUAGAAACUCAUGUUGAUCAGAGUUUUUUUUUUUAAAAGUUCUGAAAUAAAUCUACCAAACAAUCUUCCUUUAUAUACCAACAAA